AUGUCAAACCGCUCGAGCUUCACCGUCGACGACGACUUCACCAUGGAGGUGCACGAGGAAGCCGACACCGACUCCACCGUCGCCGCAAUCAAACAAGAACCAGAAGACACCAAACCCAUCAUAGUUAAAGACGAGCUCGACCUCCACUGCAACGACGAAGCAAUACCCCUCGAGACCAAAAAAGAACUCCACCACUUUUUCGCCAGGAACAAGAAGACUGACCCCAAAGGCAAGCAAACCCCAGUGGAAAAAGCCGCUUUGGAGUUCAAAACGCAAUCGAUCCUCCGAGAGUACAAAGACAUGGUGGCCGAAGGCCUACUAAAACGUCCAUUCGAAUGUCCAAUCUGCCAGUACAAAACCGAUCGGUUCUCGGUGAUUCAGAACCAUGUAAACAACCAUUUAACGCAGCAAAAGGAGUACAGGUGUAACGUUUGCAACUAUGUGGCGUUCUCGAAAGGCAAUCUUACGAUGCAUCGAGCUCGCUGCGUGUAUAAGUACAAGAGGUCGUGCCCCCAUUGCUCGUUCGUGACCGUCCGAAACAAAAAUUUCAGACGACACAUGCUGAGACACACGGCUAAGUUCGCUUGUAUCAGCUGCAAGUUUUACAGUGAUGAUGAUAAAGAGAUCGAAGAACACAAGAAGGCGUGCAGAAAGGGGGACGGAAGCGGGAUGGACGAUAAGUGUGACCUGUGUGAGUUUAGAAACGAUGAUGAGGUCGUCUUAGCCGAACACACCGAAGAGAAACACCCAGAGUACGAGCUUAAGUGUGACGACUGCGAUUUCGUGACCUCGAGGAAGCGGUGGCUGUUCAAACACCGGCAGCAGAGUCAUCGGACAGUGAAUCGGACUUGGAAGUGUAGUCUGUGCGACUUUACCACCGGCGUGAAGGGGGGGAUGGGAAUACACAUGAAAACGCACGUCAAGAAGUGA